AAAGAACCCCAGCAAUGGAACCAACAAUUAAGUCAACCAAAAACAAUAAUUCCCCCUCCCAGAUUCCCCCCUCACUCAGUUUCAAGCCAGAAAGGGAACUCAACUCUGGCCUGAGCCCACAAGACCGGCAGGACUUAUCUGCCCUGUGAAAGGAGCAUCGUAUUAUCAAUGCUUAUUGUGCAGCAGUUAUUAAGGAAAUGGUUAAGAACAUGCAGAAGAAUGUUAGUGAAAUUUAUAAGACCCUUAAGAAAGUCCACAUUAAUGUUGCCACUUCGGAGCUUUUGGAGUUAAGGCCACCAUGUGUCAAAGAAAGUGGAGACAAGUACUUUGGACACUGGAGUAAACUCUCUGAUCGAGAAGAAGGACAAGGAAUCACCAUAACUACAGAAGGUACUGUUUAUCAAGGAUUCUGGAAGAAUGGGUUUCCAGAUGGCCAAGGGACUUUUAUUUAUACUGAUGGUGUUAUUUACCAAGGAGACGUCAAGAAAGGCCUUAGACAAGGCAAAGGAGUCAUGGUCUACCCAGAUGGCGACAGGUACGAAGGCAACUGGGAAGACAACAAAAGGAACGGAUAUGGAAUCACGACUUGUGCAACAGGAGACAGAUAUGAAGGAGAGUAUGUAAACAACACCAAGGAAGGAACUGGAACACUAUCUCGGAAAGAUGGGAGGUAUUAUCAUGGCGAAUGGAAACAAGGUAAAUAUAGUGGGUACGGAUGAACUUUGAAAAAGAAAGGAAAUGAGUACUUUGGAUGCUUCGAGAAAGAAAAGUUUACUGGUCUAGGAACUUUUAUUAAGCCUGAUGGCAGUAUGUUUGAGGGAGAGUGGAAAAACGGAAAGCCAAAGCAUGGAAGAUACACAGACUCUUUAGGACGGGAAUAUAAUUUCACAGAUUGCCACAAAAGCAGAGCUGUUAUAAGAAAUUUAUUGAAAUAG